CAAUAAUUAAAAAAAAAAUUGAGAGGUAAAAAUAAUUAAACAUAGCAAGUCUAGAAAAGAUUGAAUUAUUAUGAAAAUAGUAUGAACCAAAGAAAAUUUUGUUUAUUUUAUAAAUCAAACAGAAUUUGAGAAAUGAAUAUUUGUAUGAACUGACGUUUCUUUAUUUUACGGCUGUCGUGGUCGGAUUUCAGCUAUUUCAUCAUGUCAGCUCCAUUGCCAGCAAUUGCCGUUAGGGGAUCAACGGGAGUUAGUUUAAGUUACGGGCCACCUAGUUAUGAAAAUGUUUCCGAAUUUUCGAAAGACCUCAGUAAAGCUUGUAAAACAUUGCUAUUUAGUCCACAAGGGCAAUAUUUUGCUUGGGUUAAUGGAGCGAAAUUGAAAAUAGUGAACACUCAAACAUGGUCGUUAAUAGCGGAAAUCCCACGCCCAAAAGUUUGUUGCUUAUCGUUUUCGCCUUUGGGUACUUACUUAAUGAGUUGGGAGCCGUUUAUUGUUACCAAUGCCGAACCUCGAGGAACACCAAAUUUACACAUUUACAAAUCAUCUAAUGGUGAACUUGUAAAAUCAUUUGUCCAUAAAAAACAAAUUGAAUGGGAACCACAGUGGUCCGCAGAUGAAAAAAUUUGUGCUCAAUUAAUUAAUAACGAUGUAGUUUUUUAUGAAGAUGCCAAUUUUGAAAAACCCGUUCAUAAUGUUGGUGGUGAGAAAAUACGUUCGUUUGCUUUGGCACCUGGACGACCACCCCAUCAUGUAAUUUGUUAUACGCCAGGAAAAGCAGGCCAACGAGGCUGUGGUCGUAUUUUUAAAUAUCCUAAGUUCGAUGCUACACAAGCUAUUGCCACUAAAAGUUUCUUCCAGGAUGAUCGAGUCGAAUUUUUCUGGAAUAACAAAGGUACAAGUGUAUUGUUGAUGACAAGUACAGAAGUAGAUAAAACUGGUGCUUCCUAUUAUGGUAAACAAGCGUUACAUUAUUUAAGUACAAAAGGUAACACAGCCAUGGUUUGCUUAAGCAAGGAUGGUCCAAUACAUUGUGUAGCAUGGUCACCAAAAAGUACUGAAUUUUGUAUUAUUUAUGGUUUUAUGCCAUCCAAAGCCACUUUAUUUAAUAUAGAUUGUGAGCCAAUUUUUGAAUUUGGUAGUGGUCCACGGAAUGCUAUUCACUACAACAUUCAUGGAAACAUUUUAUUAUUGGGUGGUUUUGGUAAUCUACGAGGACAAAUUGAGUUGUGGGAUACGGCUGCUAGAAAAUUAAUUGGUAAAUGUGAAGCCCCAGAUACAACACAACUUCAAUGGUCUCCGGAUGGAACACAUUUUGUUACAGCUACCACUGCCCCUAGAUUACGUAUGAGUAACGGUUACAAGAUAUGGCAUUAUACUGGCACAUUAUUAUAUGAAAGACCAUGGAAUUCUCAGGAAGAACUAUAUGAAGUAUCUUGGCAAAGUUACCCCCCGGGAAUCUUUCCUGAAAAGCCAAUAAACUAUACACCAGUGGAAGGUAUUACACCAAGUCAGCCACAAGCAUCAAAACAAGUAUAUAGGCCUCCAAGUGCUCGUGGUAGAGAAACUACUUUCCGGCUUCAUGAUGACGAUGAUGAUCCACCACGCAAACCAGGAGGAGAAACAACUGCGCCCUCAAAAGCGGCCAUUAAACAGAAGAAGAAACGUGAAGCACAAAAAGCAAGACGCUUAGCUGAAGAAACGAACAGUACAAUCAAAUAUGAUCGAAAUACAGAUAAACAACAACAACAACAAAACCAUCCAAAAACUCCCAAUUCCUCGUCCUCAACCUCCGCCAGUUUAACUGGCGAUCCUGAAAAAGACAAAAAGAUUAAGAAUAUAAAACGGAAAUUAGAAGCAAUCGCUAAAUUAAAAGAAAUGCAAGCAGCCGGUAAAAUAUUGGAAAUCAAUCAAUUAUCAAAAAUUAAAACAGAAGUGGAUUUGUUAAAUGAAAUGAAAGAAUUGACUUUGUGAUCAAGUUAAAACUUUCUUUGUUUGUUAAUUAUGUUAAAA